GUAUAGGGGUGGUGGGAGUGGUCUAAAGUGACAUACUGAGAGCCAGUGCAGAGCCGGUUUAAAAUUAUCUCUGCAGCUGAGGGGCAUUUUAAACCUGCAUUUAUACAGCACCUGCGUGUCUGUCAGAGGCCCGUUUUCAUCCCUGCGAUCCUGCAAGAACUGCAAACGCCCUCCAGGCGCCUUUCAAGCAAUAAACAAUGAAGAUUGAGAACAGCCUGACUUGCCUCCCUGAGGUGCCACCUCAUACCGGACUACAGUUCACUGUGGCUACCGAGGAAGACUUUGAUGACAUCAUGGCCAUAAGCCAGGAUAUCUAUGGUGGUCUAGACUACCUUCCCACCCGCUAUCAGGCCUGGUUGCAGGAGACAAACCGUACUGUCAUUCUUGCUCGCAAACAAGGCAAAGUGAUUGCACUUGAGUCAGUAUGUGUUAUUGACGAUGGAGAAACUAUGCUGGUGGAAGGGCUCCGUGUGGCCCCUCAGGAGAGGGGCAAAGGAGUUGCGCGGGUGCUGCUCCGCUUCUGCUCUCAGCUUGUUAAGUCCAAGUAUCCUGAAGUUAAAGUGAGCAGACUGACCAGAGAUGACCAGCUGGGGCCCAAGGACUUCCAGAAGUACAGGCUCAUCACUAAACAGGGAAUCCUGCUGGUACGCUUCCGUGCUGAAGACUUAAAGUUACGCCUGAAUGAUCUUGGGCUUAAUGUGGGUAUUGAAGGAGAUGGCCUUGCUCCUUCCAGCACCCCAGUGAGGUUAGAGGCUGCAGAUGUCCACCAGCUUUUUUUGAGCAGUGAGGCAAUGCAGGAUGUACUACCCAAUGGCACCAUUGUGCAAGACUGGCAGCCCUUCAAGCCCAUGCAAAGCAACAUGGAGAUCCUGUUGAAGAAAGACAUCGAUUGGAUGGUCGAUGACACUUGUUGCCCAUCUAUGGCCAGCCUGUGCACUUUCCCCUUUCGUAUACCUAUUGGUGACGACUGGUACUACCUCAACAUUGACAUGUUUGGCAAAGAUCUGGCUCUGGCUGUGCAGCAGCUCCUAUGUCACCUGAGGCGCCACACUAGCACACUGAAGGGCCAUGUGAUGUGCCAGGUUUUCCUGGACCCACCACUGUGGAAGCCCAUGGCUGAUUUCUUCAGGGAGACCUUGAAAGUGGAGCUGGUGAAGGAAUACACAGAGCAGUGUGUAGUUGAAUCCGACCUUGUGUAGCAAGAGGAAGCCCUCCUCAGAUACAAGUUAGGGGCUUGAGACACCCCUCACCCCUCCACACGUGGAGGCCCAACAUUAGAAACUAGAAGAGCUUUGACAUCACUCAAAUGGUUUCCUUUCAUAUUUUGCCCCAGAACAAAACCUUUAUCCUACAUAUAUAGACAAACUAAGAAUUAAAAUGUCCUUUUAGAAAUGAAGUUAGUUUAAGUUAGUUUGAGUUUUUGAGAUUUUAAUAAGGCCUCAUCACUGCAAAAAAAAUGAGAGCAACAAUUUGUUAAAUAGAAUAAAUAUGCAACAAGAAAAUUUGUUAGGAUAUUGACCAUAUUCUAGAAUGCAGUACAGUGUGUGUAUGUGUGUGUGUGAAUUAACACAUGCUGAGUUGCAAAUAAGACUGCACAAUCUUUAGGCACUUUAUGAUAAUCUAAAUGUAAUAUCUCACUAUAGAUAGUGAGAUGUUUGCUUUAGAGACUGUUUUGUCUGAAUGUUGUACAGUAGCUGCUAAUGGUAAUUUUUUUAUUACUCUUAUAAUACCCAUAAUGAAAUAUAGAAAUAUUUCUGUUACUCAAAUUUUUGAAGUGGCAUUUACACUAGGAAAACCAAGUUUAUCUAACGUAUAAAAACCCUUUUCUGCUAGGUUACUGGCAUUUACUGUAAUGACAUGCAAAAUAUGUCAGCCAGAGAAGAUUGGUCAUAAUUUUAGUGGUCAUAAGUCCUUAUUUUAUGCACUGAACCUUAUUUACUAGCAACUAUACAGUUGACAGCUGCAAUAUGAAGUUUAUAAGUUAUAAAACCAAGUUGUAAUACAGAUGUAGUGUAUUCAGUACACUACUACUGUAUUCAAUACAGCUAUGCUAGUACACCUUUUUGGUCAUAUGUGUUAUAAUUAAAAACAAAUAAUGAGAUGUAGCUGAUGAGUUUGGGUUUUGGUUAAUAUGUUAAUAUUUUUGUUAAUUAUUGUUAAUUAUUUAUCAUGCAACAAAAGGAUUUAGUUAAGCAGCUAAAACAGUUUAUUUAUGUAAUUCUCAUUUAACUGACAGAUUUUGAUUAAGACAACAGGAAAUAGUAGCAUUUAGGACUAGACAUAAUCAUUACAAUUAAGACACACUGUCACUGUUAAUGGGGUUUUGUUAGCAAUCCAUUUGAGAGGAUCUCAUAAGCACUUUUUUUGAAUACAUAUGAAGAGCCUCAUAUUUUUGUCCAUCAAAAUGCUUGAUAUUGAUCUUGAGAUAUGAAAACCAGAGAUUUGAUAACGCACAAAUCAUUUUUUGUACCCUUGUUGUUAUCUACUAGUGAUUGCAACAGCUCAUUCCAAAAUUAGAUCACUUACUGCCUCAGUGGAUUCAGCCCUCUUAUCAGGACACAACUAGAAUAUUAAACUUAUUUUGCAGAAAACAAUUGCAUUGGUAAUCCAGAAAUUGACAUCCAUUUUCAGUUUCAACAGAAAUGUUUUAGAGAAUGAAGACAUUUUCUUCAGCAAUUUAACAACUGAGAAACAUUUACCAGCAUUUCCCAUAUUUGAAGCCUCAAUGAGUACACAGGACACUGAAAAAACAGGGACAGUCACAAACCCAAAUUCUACUCCAUCUGUCACUGGAAGAGUUUGGAGGAACGACUGCUGAGUCUUUAUAAAUAGCAUAUAGUGCACCACAGAACUAAGCCUCUCACUGGCCCUGUAAUUGAGAAGAAACACAGAAAAUUGAUGAAAACCAACAGAAACCAAGCAAAGGAAGGUCUUUUGCCAUUCUCCAACUGAUCCAAAACAUCCAAACAAGCACUAAAGGUCCACAGUCUGCACAAGCAAUUAUAUACAAUUAUACAAUCCUCUCUACCUGCAUACCAGUUCUGCCAACAUGUCUACUGAGUUUUCCAAAAGCAUUGUGAAGUUAAGAUCAUCUUAACUGAGAGAAAGUGUUCAAUGUAAUGCUUGCGCUACCAUUUAAUGAUGAUCUUUGUGCUAUGAUGCUUUUGGGGAAACUCAACCCUGGUUACCAAAUUUUGAAAGUAAAUGGUUGUUAUUUGAGCAUGUAAAACCAACCAUAAUAUCCAUACUGGCCAUUCUGUCAAUGAACAUGUUUUUUGUUGACUGUAAAAGUUAUGUAAUGAACAUAAAUGAGAUUCCAAACCCAUGUGCUAUAAUAUCACACAUAAUCAGAUAGUUCUGCUGGAAAAUUGCAGAAAUUGCUAAAGUGACGCUGAACUUUAUACCAUCUUAACAACCAACUCUCAUGAAAAAAACCCAUAGAAAUUCAAGCAAGUGAAGUUUCCCUGUAUUCCAUAUAAAUGUAGUUAUACAAAAUGCAAUCACCACUAAACCUGCAACUUGGUCUAAUCUGAACCAUUUGUAAUUUUUCAUUUGAGUUGGUUCUUAAGAAUUAAUAUUAAGUUCCUGUGAGAUCAUGUUGCUGUAAUAUACCAAUCAACACAAUGUUCCUUUAAGGUUAAAAUGUUUUCAAUAACUUUUCAGUAUGAUUUGUCUUGAUGGUCUUAGGGUUUUUGUUUUUUAAAGCAGUGUACACCCAAUGAGGAAAAGAAGUUUUCUUCUCCACCUUCACUUGGACUCUCAUGUCUAAUAUGCACAAUCCGUCAAAUGUCUCAAACACCUGGCCCAUCCUAAUCUGAUUCUUGUAUCAGAAAUGUAUCAGAAAUGUAGUCUGAUUUAAUCUAACUAUUCAAGUUUCUGAGUUUAUAAUUGCUAUGAUAAAUCAAGAGGGACCAUCAAAGGAAAAGCAUGCUUCUAAACAUUUAUCCACAUUUCAUGCUACAUCUAGUUAUACAGAAACUCUGUGUCAGAUUUAGACACUUGUUAAGCAGUUUCUCUUGAUUAAUCAUUAACAAUAUAACCAUUUAUGAAGCCCUAAUCAGGAUGUAUUUAAAUGCUUAAAUUACUGUCAACUUGCUAAAUGUAUACAGUAUGUCGUAACAAGUCUAUAAACAUGCAGACCAAAAAAGAGAUCAGAAGCAACCUGGAAUAAAUAAAGUAUUGUUUCUACUACAGAUUUCUGAUAAGAAACUGAAGCAUGCUUAAAAAAAAAACAAAACAAAAAGAAAAAUAGUGUUUAAGUUCAAAUUCUGAUUAGGGCUGAUUACCAGUCUGUAUUUUGAUUUGAUAGCAUGUCUUCAUUUACUAAGGUAACAUAAUGGAAAAUAGAUUGUCUUCAAGAAAUAUGUUGGCCAGUUACAGUGUGUGGGUUGUGUGCUUUAAUAGGAAAAACAGUAACCAUUUCAUUCCUAAUUUAUAGUAAAGCAGUGCUUUAUGGCCACUGGGCACAAUUGGAAGUAUGUUAACCGCAAAGCUUGUAAAACCUUACAGACUAUACACAAUUACUGUCCAUUAAGAUGGACAACAUUUGAACAUAUUUGAAAAAUAAUAUUUUCCCCUUGUAUUCAUUCUCAUGAUUUAGACAUGUUGAAGACUGUAAUCCUUUUUAAGGACACAUCCUUUUAGUGAAGACUUUGAUUAUCUCGAACCAUAGUUUUCAAAAUGCACUAAAUGCACAAAAUGGGUCGGUGAACCACAGCCAGGGGGGUUGUUGUUUUUAUAUUUUGUUAUAGUGGUGAAAAUAACAACCCAUCAUUAUCAGAGUUAUUAAAUAUAUAUCUGAGUUGGUUUAGUUAUCAUCCUCUUUAUUCUGUAAAUAAUGUCUACUUUUGUCAAAUCUAAUGACAAUUUUAAUAAAAAUAUAUUUUGUGCAUCUAGGAAAGUUUGAGAAUAAAAAUCCCUAUGGCUCCAAUAAAUAGCCAAAAGGGGUCCCUGGCUGAAAAUGUUUGAGAUCUAGAAACUGAUCUAGAGACUGAUCUAGAGAAUGGGUAACUAUGUUCUUGUUGCAUAUGGAGUAAAGUGUUCUUAUGAGUACCUUUUUUAAAACAAA